GUUGUUGUCAAUACCUGGAUUAUCUCAAAAGGAGUGACAUAUUAUCAAUCGUAAGAAGCUCCACUCUCUGCUUGCUGGUUGACAACUAAUCGUUAAGGCCAAGUAAAACUUAGGGCAGAACGCCAUCAUGAAAAUCUCCUCUCUUUCGAGCAAAGUUUUUUGGCUUUCUCAGUACAUUCCGACCAAUUAUACAUUCCUUGGUAGAAAUCUGAUAUCUGCUCUUCUCUUCCACCAUGACCCAAAAGAAGCAAAUUUCAGCUAGCUUUCUAGGUGAAUGAAAUGAGAUAUGAGACUCCUGAUUGAAUACAUGCAUGCAAAGUAGAGUUAAUCAAUCAUAUGCACUUAAUUUUGUUUUGGGUGUCAACAUAAUGGAGUGGAGAAGUUGUAUUAUUCCAUGGUUUCUUAUCUUGUUAUGCACUACAUGCUGGGCUGAAGGUCCUAGUCCUGCUCCUUCCCCUGUUCCUUCCACUGCUGACCCAUUUUCUCAUAGUAUAGCUCCAUUGGCACUUCCUGUGUUGGUAAUCCUCUUGUUUAUUGUUUUCAUAUACAUGUACAAUAAGAAGCAUGUAGAAGAGAAAAAUCAUUUGAAGGGAUCUGAAAUACCAACUUAUUUCAGUCCUGGACACAAAAAGGUUAAUCCAGGAGACUGGAACAAAGCUUCUGAAUCAAUGGAACCCAAUUCCAUAAGUUAUAAUUCAGAGGAGAAAUUCUCUAGUGACAACCAUUCAACUGAGUUUAAGCAACCCAAGCUUCAGUUCAUUGAGAAGGAGCAGCCCAGUCCAUUUGCAUUGGAAAAACUUCUAAGGGCCUCUGCUGAACUUUUGGGACAAGGACUCUCUGGGAAUGUUUAUAGAGUGGUGAUGGAUAAUGGUGCUGCUUUGGUUGUCAAGAGGCUCAAGGAUUUGCGAGUUGAAGGGAAGGAUUUUGAAAAGAGGAUGGCAUUCAUGGGGAAUCUGAAGCACCCAAAUGUGCUCCCUAUAAUUGCCUAUUGUUCUUCCCCUGCUGAGAACAUUGUUGUCUAUGAAUAUCAAAACAAAGGGAGCCUUGCUUCUCUGCUGGAUGAGUUUUUCAAGGGAAAGAGAGAACUAAAGUGGAACACCAGGCUCUCAAUCAUCAGAGGAGUUGCAAAGGGCCUAGCUUUCAUGCACCAAGAGUUCAAACCCUGGGGCAGUAUUCCCCAUGGCAAUCUCAAGCCUUCCAAUGUCAUUCUGGCAGAAAACCUAGAACCAUACAUUGCAGACUAUGGUUUCAAUUCCCUGGUAGAAGUAUGCACAGCCCCCACACCCUUCCAUUCAAAUGCCUACAAAGCCCCAGAAAGAAGAAUCACCCAAAAAUCAGAUGUGUACAACUUUGGACUGAUGCUCCUUGAAUUACUGACAGGCAAAAAGGGUGAUAAUGCAGGUUUUAAUCUCCCCAAUUGGGUUCAGUCUGUUGUAAGAGAAGAGUGGACAACUAAGGUCUUUGACAAAGAGAUGGUGAAAAAUGCAGGGGAGGAUAAUAUAGUUGAACUUCUGCAGCUAGGCCUAAAUUGUGUGAACAGUGCACCUGAGAUUAGGCCUACUAUGAACUAUGCUUGUGACGUAAUUGAUAAGCUAUGGGAUCAUGAAGAGGGGUCCUAUACUUCUUUUGAGUCUCCUCGGUCUUCAUUUCAUUCAACCCACUCCACCACUGAAUCGCCAGGAGGAGGGAUUUCUAUGGCCACACCAAGUCCUAUCGGGAAUCAAUCAACUCUGGAUCUGGAAUCUUCAUGCAUGAGUGUUUGAUUAUUAGUGGUUUGGGAAAUAGCUAAGUUGGAUUUUAUGGUAGACUUAUAGUUUGCAUGAGUGUUUGAUGAUUAGUUGUUUGGAAAAUAGUUUGAGUUGGAUUUUAUGGAAGAGUUAUAAUUUAAUUGAAUGAAGUAUCAUGAGAUCUUUUCAAUUAUUUUCAUUAGGAAAAAAAACUUUUUUUUAUUUUUUUAAAUUUAAAUAUUGUGUAAGUACUAGAGUACAAUUUUAUU